GCCGUGGUCUGCAAGCAUUGGCUGCGUGGACUGUGCAAGAAGGGCGAGCGGUGCGAGUUCCUGCACGAGUACAAUCUGAAGAAGAUGCCCGAGUGCAUGUUUUACUCGCAGCACGGACGGUGCUCGAACGGCGACGAGUGCGUGUACCAGCAUAUCGACCCUGAGUCGCGCGUCAAGGAGUGCCCGUGGUAUGCGCGUGGAUUCUGCAAGCACGGUGCAAAGUGCCGGAACAAACAUGUGCGCAAGUUUGCGUGUCCACAGUACCUAUUUGGAUUCUGUCCAAAGGGCCCUGACUGUCCGAACAUGCACCCGCGGUUCGAUCUG